AUGCCUCGCUCUGCACCGCCCCAGCGCGGCUCGCCCCCCCGGCAGGCGCUCCUGCGGCGGCCAGGGCAACCGCAGCGCGACCAGGCAGACGGGCGGAGACUACCAGCCCUGCGCGCACACACAGCCCGCAGCUCUGUCUCCGCGCCGUGUAAUCCCAGCGCUCAGCCCUUCUGCACCCCCUCAUUAAAAACCCGGAGAUUUCCUCCUCCUCCUCGGCUCUCCGAGGAAAACAACGCCUGCCACCGCCUGAACCCUGGCAGCGCCGCCCGCCCCGCACCGUCCGCCCGGAGGCCGCCCAGGGGCCCCGCGCUCCCCGGCGAGCUGCGCGGUCCCCGUCACUCGGCCCCUGCUUCCUCUCGGAAGGGUGAUCCUCGCCCCCCCAUCUCAAAGGGCCGCCCCCGAUGGGACGCACAGCGGGGAGCUGGAGGGUGUGGAAUCACCUGCCUCCUCCGGAGCCGAGCGAUUAAUUUAAUGCGAUACAGAGUGCGCUCUCUCCCGGCCCCUCCUCAGCAGGGAGAUCUCCGCUGGGCGCUCCGCGCCGCGGAGGAGGGGCACGGCACAGCACGGCAGGGCACGGCACGGCACGGCAAAGCGGGCUGGCAUCCUCCGAGCACCGGCUCUCCCGGCGGCGCCCGGAGAAACAUUCCCCGCCCGGUAGCGGUGGAGCAGCAGCUCCAAUUGGAGUCGCACACAAGCAUCCGCCGCGCAGACCUGCUCGGUGCCCGGGGGGGCUGCGAGGCGGGCGGGGGCCGAGCCAUGCCUGGCCAGGGGAUUUGAUGGGUCGUUGGCUGCGCCUGGGGAAAGGCG